UCUUUCUUUCUUUCUUUCGCCUUCAUCUUCCUCCUCUCCCUCCACAGAUAAACACCUUCUCUCAUAGUACAGUAUCAACAUAGUCAACCAAAUUGAAUGCCUUUUCUUCUACCUAUCAAAUCAGAUUUCGAAUUUGAUACCACCAAUUGUCUUCUCUAGGAAUCCUCUCAUGACUACGAACUUAUCGUUUCCGCAUUUCGAUUGUUACAAGGUUGCUCCGGUGUCUUUCUCUUCUCCUUGCGCCUGCCCUUUGCGUCUGUCGUCCUGUAAACCAUUGCCUCUCCCUCCAUCUUCAUUGAAAUUCAAUCGCUUGCAUUUUCUCUUCUUACAUGGCCAAAAGGGCCUUCUCAGAAUUAACAAGAGAACCGGCUUGGCCAGACGCCACAUUGUAGCUGUGGCACAUGCGGAGCCCGACCGGAUUGACGGGAAAGAGCCCCAACAGGAGGUUGAGGGUGGUCAACAGUUAUCAUUUCAGGAGGAUCCAAUCUCAGAACAUCAACAUAAAAAAAAUCAAUUGAAGAAACGGAUCAUUUUUGGGAUUGGCAUUGGAAUAGCUGGUGGUAUUAUAGUAUUGGCUGGAGGAUGGGUAUUCACUGUGGCUGUUGCUGCAUGUAUUUUUGUUGGUGCACGUGAGUAUUUCGAGUUGGUCCGGAGCCGUGGGAUCACUGCAGGAAUGACACCCCCACCUCGAUAUGUUUCACGAAUUUGCUCAGUUAUUUGUGCUUUCAUGCCCAUUCUUAGCUUUUACUUUGGUCAGCUUGAUGUUGCUAUCACAUUUUCUGCCUUCAUUCUUGCAAUUACUUUGCUUCUACAAAGAGGCAAUCCCCGAUUUGCUCAACUGAGCAGUGCAAUAUUUGGGCUUUUUUACUGUGGUUAUCUUCCUUGCUUCUGGGUCAAACUUCGUUGUGGUUUGGCUGUUCCAGCCAUAAACACUGAAAUAGGAGCAGGAUGGCCAUUUCUUCUUGGAGGCCGAGCCCAUUGGACUGUUGGCCUUGUUGCAACCUUGAUUUCUAUGAGCAGUAUAAUUGCAGCUGAUACGUUUGCUUUUCUUGGUGGUAAGGCAUUUGGUAAGACCCCACUUACAAAUGUUAGUCCAAAAAAGACUUGGGAGGGAACUAUUAUGGGCUUGGGUGGUUGCAUAGCUACAUCUGUCAUUCUAUCAAAAGUUCUUUCCUGGCCGUCUUCUAUGAUUAGUGCAAUAGCUUUUGGAUUUCUGAACUUUUUGGGUUCUGUUUUUGGUGAUCUUACUGAGUCAAUGAUAAAGCGUGAUGCUGGUGUCAAGGAUUCUGGAUCUUUAAUCCCUGGACAUGAAGCUAGGGUUUCUCCUUUGGGGCUGGAUCAGUUGAUGCUUCAUCUUCUCUUUACUGCACAACGAAGGCAAGGGGACAAUGGUUUUUCCUUGCGAAGAGGCCACAUAUUUUUUUUUCUGCAGAAAGGUGGAUUACUUGACAGAGUGGACAGCUACAUUUUUUCCGGGGCACUAGCAUAUUCCUACAUCAAAGCAUUUAUGCCACUUUAUGGCGUUUGAGAUAAUGAUGAUCCUUGUAAUUGGAGAUCAGGAACGAGACUACUCUCUAGGUUUUUCCCCCUUGUGGGGAAAUAAAGAAGGCGAGGCCAGUCUGCACUAAAGGCUGGAGAAGGACGAGCAUCAGCCGGCCAGUUUAUUGCACUACCCAGAAAAAGAACUUCAGCUUACUUAGUUCCACCAGGUCUUCAAAAAUUCCAAGUGAAAGUAUCUGUUUACCAGGUAAUUGUACAUAUGGAAUAUUUAAUAAAUAUGCAGUUAUUUCACAACAUUCAUCUCUCCAAGAUAGUUCUGGUUUUCUUGGAGACAAAUUUCCUUUUAUCCUAGUCCUGUUUGUGGGUAGCGACUUGCAGGACUUAUAGCUCCGAUGUUGAUGUUGGAAGAUAGGGGUUUAAUAUUGUCAUGCUCCUUACACACACUCUCAGAGGCUUAGAGUUUGUUACUUCUAUUUUUUUCAUUUAGUUUUUUGAAUUGUUAGUAGUUUAUAGUCUAUAGAUUGUAUCUGUUGAGCGUAAUAGCCGAUUAUUAUUUUUAGGGGAUUUUCAAAUAUAGUAAAAUGUACCAAAAUAUCUAUACAGAAUGUAGCAAAAUUUCAAAUUCUAUCAAUGAUAGACACUAAUAGUUUUGUCAUUUACAAGUUGCUAUUAGUGUCUAUCAUUGAUAAAAUUUAAAAUUUUGUUAUAUCUUAUAAAUAUUUUCAUCGAUUUUGUCAUUUAUAAUAAUUUUUCUUUUUAGAUCAAGUUGUUACCAACUCUUGUUUUGCAAACUAAAAUAUACUUGUGUUGGAGCGAAAUGAACGUGUUUUUAAAUGUAGCAAAA